AUGGCACCAACACGCAAAUCGUCGGGGGCGCGGGCGCCCUCGAGCCGCAACCUGAAACGGAGCGCGCCAUAUGCUGCUCCCCAGGAAAACCGUGCAACCAUCGAGAAGAAAAGGAAGACUGCUGCAAAAAACACAAGCACCGGGAAAGAGCAGAAACGGCAGAAAAAAACAGAAACCUCACCGGUUCGAAUCAUCAACACCGCGCCGACCCAGCGACUCGACGUGUAUGUGUUCGGCACAAACUGCGACGGCGAGUUAGGGCUAGGCGAUGCGACCAAAAAGACCGAGAUCCCACGUCCAGUCCUUAACCCCAAACUCCCGGCAGAGACAGUGGGAGUAGUAACGCUUGCUGUUGGCGGCGUUCACUCGGCUGCGCUUACGCAUGAUAACAAAAUCUUAACGUGGGGCGUUAACGACGAGGGCGCUCUCGGGAGAGACACACAGCAGGAUGAAGAGGAAAUCAAAUUACGCGAUCAGGAAGACAGCCCUGAUAGUGACGAGGAGGAGGAAUUGGUCAAUCUGAACUUGAAAGAGGCCACUCCAUCGCCUGUAGAUCCGUCUUGUUUCCCGCGCGACACCGUCUUUACACAGGUGGCAGCUACCGACAGCGCAACAUUCGCCCUCACUACCACUGGCUUGGUGUUUGGCUGGGGUACCUUCAAAGGAAACAGUGGGGAGAUCGGAUUCUCACCCAACUCCAAAAAGCAACAGAGGGUGCCGGUACUAAUUCCUGGCCUAAGUAAUGUUACAAAGCUUGCGGCUGGCUCUCAACACAUGCUGGCUUUAACGUCAAAGGGUGCUGUUCUGUCCUGGGGCUGCGAUGAACAGCAUCAGCUCGGGCGACGACGCGCACACCACAAUGCACCUCACCCGCUUGUUCCAGGAGAAUCUGCCCUGCCCUCUGGUAUGACAAACAUCGGUGCUGGAGAGUAUCAUUCAUUCGCAAUUCACAAGAGCGGCGCUGUAUACGGCUGGGGCUCAAACAACUUCGGCCAGACCGCCAUCUUCACUAGUGCUGGCCAAAGUGACGCGGUUGUGGUAUAUCCCACCAAGGUCAAGUCGCUCAAACAAAGGCCCAAAAUAAUAUCCAUAAACGGUGGCAAAGACCACAGUCUUGCUAUUAACGAAGAAGGAAAGUGUCUUUCAUGGGGCCGAAUUGAGAACAAGGCUCUGGGGCAUGACUUGAGCAACCUCCCUCCUUCCGAUGUUAUCUUUGACGAGCGUGAUCGCCCUAGGAUUUUAAAGGUCCCUACCGUCAUCAGCAGUAUCAGCGACAAGACUGUUGAAUCAUUGGGCCUAGGAACAGAUCAUUCCUUUGUCAUUACAAAGGAUGGAGAGGCGUACAGUUGGGGCUUCAACGUCCAAAAACAGGCUGGACAGCCCGGUGAUACUGAUGAAGUUGUUCUUCCUACACUGUUGAGCAACAAACACGUCGACGGGAAGAAAUUGGUCCUCGCUUCUGCUGGAGGCCAAUUUAGCAUGGUUGCUGGUGUGCACGAUGCGAAAGUGAAUGGUGUCAAGGAAUGA